UAAGCUUGAGCAAACUGCAAACUCAGAGGAAAUGUGGACAAUGUCUGCAAAGAUUAACUUAUUAGAAGCUGAAAUUGAAAGGGAAAGGGAUUCAUUGAAGCAAAUCACAGUCAAGUGUCAGGAAUUGGAGGACGAGCUGUCAAGAAAGAGACAUGAAGCUGAGCUCCAGCAAACUUCAAACUUAGUGGAAACUGAGGCAAUGUAUGUGAAGAUUAACUUAGUAGAAGCUGAAAUUGAAAGGGAAAGGGAUUCAUCGAAGCAAAUCACAGUCAGGUGUCAGGAAUUGGAGGAAGAGCUGUCUAAAAAGAGAUAUGAUGCCGAGCUCCAGCAAACUGCAAACUUAGAGGAAAUUCAGACGAUGUCUGCAAGGAUUAACUUAUUAGAAGCUGAGGUUGAAAGGGAAAGGGCUUCAUCAAAGCAAGUCACAGUCAAGUGUCAGGAGUUGGAGGAAGAGCUGUCAAGAAAGAGACAUGAAGCUGAGCUCCAGCAAACUGCAAACUCAGUGGAAACUGAGACAAUGUCUGCAAAGAUUAACUUAUUAGAAGCAGAAGUUGAAAGGGAAAAGGCUUUAUCAAAGCAAGUCACAGCCAAAUGUCAGGAGCUGGAGGAACAGCUGUCAAGAAAGAGAUAUGAAGCUGAGCUCCAGCAAACUGCAAACUCAGUGGAAACUGAGACAAUGUCUGCGAAGAUUAACUUAUUAGAAGCAGAAGUUGAAAGAGAAAAGGCUUUAUCAAAGCAAGUCACAGCCAAAUGUCAGGAACUGGAGGAAGAGCUGUCUAGACAGAGACAGGAAGUCGAGCUCCAGAAAAGUGCAAACUCAAAUGUUGAAAUGAAAAUAAAACAGGAGGAUUUAGCUGUAGCUUCUGGAAAGCUAGCUGACUGCCAAAAAACAAUUGCAUCAUUAGGCAAGCAACUGAAAUCUCUUGCAACAUUGGAAGACUUCUUGAUUGACACUGCAAGCAUACGAGAGUUCUCUGCCACUGGAAGCAGAGCUGGAGAAUCUUUGAUUCCUGGAGCUGUUGGAGAACCAUGGAAAUUGCAUGGAAAUGAAACAUUUUCACCUAGAAGAGACUUCAAUACUCCAACAAGGGUCAGUGACAAUUCAGUGUCUUCAGCAAAUAAGAAUAAUGGGAACUCAUCACCAUCUUCAUCCUCAUCCUCAUCAACUUUAUCAUCAAAUCUUGCCGGUUCCGAGAAGAACCGAAAUGGGUUUGCAAAAUUUUUCACUCGAAGUAAGAACGGCAUUCACCUAGAAAUUUGACAUAGCUGUAUUAGCUAGCAAAACCAGGAAUUUGUUUGUCAUUUAAUAGAUAUAAAGAUUAAAUGCUGUGUAAUCACCAGUAGUUAGCUGAAGAUGUAUUUUCUUUUUUCUCAUUUAUACAUGAAUGUUGGGUUUGGCAAUACAAAAUCUUCCAAGUA